CCGGAAGUCAUCGUUUGUGCUGCUGGCAGAAUACCGGCUCGUCAUUUACGGCUUCUUCCACUUCGCAGCACAUCUCCAGAUAAACGCUAGAGAUGUUGCUGUGUGCUCUGGUGGGUCUGCUGCUGCUGUUCUCCUGUCUGGAUGUGUGGUACUUCCUGCGGGGGGUGGUGGUGGUGGUGCAGGCCUGGUUCCAACCCCCAGUCUGGGAUGUCCUGGCAGAGCAGAGUGUUGCUGGGAGGGUCCUACCUCAUGACCUGGACUAUAUGGGUCACAUGAAUAACGCCAGAUACCUCCGGGAGUGUGACUUCGCCAGGUUCCACCAUUAUAUGCGGAACGGGAUCUUUAAGGCCCUACGGACCCUGAAGGCCACCAUGGUGGUGGGGGCCUCCACGAUUCGCUACCGACGCUCGCUGGCCUUCGGGGAAGCGUUUGACUUGCGCACUCGCAUCGUGGCAUGGGACGACAAGUCAUUCUUCGUGGAGCAGCGGUUUGUCUCCCAGGGCGACGGGUUCAUCUCCGCGGUGAUGCUAUGCAGACAGAAUGUUCUCCGUAGCAACCCUGAGAGCAUCCUACAGCUGCUCUGCAAGAGGAAGGUGGAGUGUCCCGACUACCCUGAGGAUCUGCAGCACUGGAUCAGCUUCAUCUCAGCCAGCAGCCAGGCCCUGAGAGCCCAGAGUGGUCUAGAGGACAAGACUGGAGCGCAGGAAGACAAAGACAAGUGAUACACACAUUCCUUGAGUAGCCCUAACAUUACACAUUGUUGUAGCCCGGCCCCAAGCACACCUGAUUCAACUAAUCUGCUUAUCAUUCAGCUGUUGAUUAGUUGAAUCAGGUGAGGGCCCAGACAUGACUGACAGCUCCCUCAGAAUACAGGAACUAAACUGACAUGACUGACAGCUCCCUCCGAAUACAGGAACUAAACAGACAUGACUGACAGCUCCCUCAGAAUACAGGAACUAAACUGACAUGACUGACAGCUCCCUCCAAAUACAGGAACUAAACAGACAUGACUGACAGCUCCCUCCAGAAUACAGGAACUUAUUCAUUAUGAUUUUAAAAUACAAAACUGAUCCUAGAUCAGUACAACUGCUACAGGCCAAGUGGCUUUAACCUUGUACUGCAGUGGGCUAAAUCAGGGUCACACAGAGUGAUUCUGGGUAGUCUUAAACAGAUCUACAUUGAAACAAAAGUAUACACCUCACACACUUAUGGGUUAAUGGCUUAAACAAAGACACCUGUACCAUGUCAGAUAUGGAGUUGAAAUGUAUAACAUGUUGAGUUUGCAUCCCAAUAUUACACUUUAUAUACGUCACAGAAGACUGAAAUAUAACAAAACUGCUUGACAUAGAAACACCAGAUUUCUACAUUUAAAUUUAAAAAAAAGUUUUUCUUAAUUAUGAAAAAUAUGAGUCACAUUUCACCCAGGAGGCCACUAGAGAGCACUUUGGUCAUUGGCCUGCAGGAUAGAGGACCAUCGUGUUGUUAAGGGAUUCAUCCUAACCUGAGAUGCAAAACCUUUUCCCAUUGACAUGAAACUCUUACCAUAAUAGUUUUAGUUACGUGUGCAUGUAUCUCGAGAAUAGUUUCGUCAUCUGUGGGAUUCACCAGAAUUUCCUAAGUAGCUCGAAGGACCAAUCAUAAAUGUCUGUCGGAGACUGACGGGUCGAGUGGCGAAUGACGGAGUCCCUCCCAUCAUACUAAAGAGCCAGUCACCUGCCCUCUGAUCAUUCUCACCUCUCUUCCACACAGAGGAGUUCUACUCAGCUCUCCUCAGCACCACUAGAUCUGUUUUCCUGUUCACAGGCUUAACGGUUACACAGCCGAGCGAUGGGUUAUUCGUCUUUUGUGUUGGGUGACCUUGAGCAAGGCACUUAACCCUAAUUGCUCCCUGUAAGUCGCUCUGGAUAAGAGUUUUUGCUAAAUUACUCAAAUGCAGAAUGAACGUUUUCGCUUCACUGCUUUUUCUUCAUUCGUCUCCUGUUGUAGCUAGCGUGAAACGGCUAGCGUGAAAACGGCUAGCGUGAAAACGGCUAGCGUGAAAACAACUAGCGUGAAACAGCUAGCGUGAAACAGCUAGCGUGAAACAGCUAGCUAAGGAGACUUGGCUAGCUUAGCUGCAAGGCCAGCUCCCCUACUGACCUGGAAGGGUAGAAUUACUAGUUUGCUCUCUCGUUUAGUUCAACCCACUACCGAUGUUGACCAGACCGACCAUCCUAGCGUCACUGCUUAUCGAUCGAGAAGCACACUUUUGUUCAUCACAAGACCAACAUAGCGCCAUCUUCCUUUGGCUAGCCAUGCUACUAGCUCUUGUGACGAACGCUAGCUGCGCUCACAUUGUUAAAGGGAUUGGCUUCUCCGGCCAGCACUGUGCUAACUCGCUAGCCUACCACACUCGCUAGCCUACCACACUCGCUAGCCUACCACACUCGCUAGCCUACCACGCACACUAGCCUACCACGCUCGCUAGCCUACCACGCACGCUAGCCUACCACACACUCGCUAGCCUACCACGCUAGCCUACCAUCGUUUCACUUUGUUCUCGAAUUAGCCUUUUUUUUGAGCCAUGGAACAUGCUAACUCGGCCCAAGAUUUACCGAACAAGGCCUCUACCGGCACACCUGUGCCCAUGCUGGGCUACCAUAUAUUUUAUACGGGAUGACUUUACUCCGCAUAAAAGUAACGUUGUAGCCCCUUGGUGGCAAGGCAAGCUGUGGAUAGCGGAGAUCAUUCACCCGCUGUACAACAAGCCUGGGUAACUCCUGUUACGCACAGAUCAGCUGACCAAAGCGAACUGAGAGACUGUCCCUCACCCGGAAGCCAUGGCCCUCUGGCCCUUGAGAGGUUAAAUGUGGACUAUUGAGUCUAUCCAGAGUGCUAGGGCUCAUUCUACACGCUCACUGUAUGGAAACAAGUGGUGUUUUUUUUUUUUUUAAAUGGUGACCUAAAAACAGAUAAUUCCUUACCAAUGUUCUCUAUCUGAGGUUUUACACUUCCUGCAGGACCUUUUGGACAGAAGGAAGGCUUUCUCUACUGUUAAGGUCUAUUUAGUUGCUAUCUCUGCCUGUCAUAUAACCUUUGACGAUAACACGGUUCUCAAAACACCUAUUUUAUGUCAUUUUCAUGAAGGGGGCGUGUCACUGACGUCCAGUUCCCAAGGCGUUAGUCCCGUCAUGGGGUUUGUCUAUUGUGCUCGAGGUUAUUUCACAGCAGACUAAGCUGUUGCAGAGCAUGGAGAGCAUGUCUGUAGAGCCAGUGAGCUACAUCCCCUUUCAGUUCUCCAUUCCUGUCUGCAGUUUGCCUUGGGCUUUUCCAAGGUCACCUUGUUGCUCAACCCCACCUUUAUACUCAAGGUUGGCUGCAAUUACAAAUGUCUGGCCUUGGAGCUUGUGGUUUUCCACAUGCUGUCUGGCCUUUCUAUGGAAGAGGAUAGGCUACCCCAUUUCUGUCCAGUACUCGCAUUGUGUGUAUAAUUGGAUUGGACGACAGCUUUGCGCAAGCGCAACCAACCCUUUGUCCUGGGUGCCUCCCUGCAAGGGCUCAACGGUUGUCUCAUUGGAUGGGGAAGCUUUUUAUAUUGGCCUUCAAUAGCAAGGAGUUACAGCCUCCGGAGGGCCAGAGGGCUCACUACCUCUUGGACACUGUUGAAGGGCAUCUCCUAACAGGAGAUCUGCCAUGUGGCUUGUUGGGCAUCCCCUCAUAUAUUUAUGAGGUUCUACCAACCAGACGUCACUCCGCUUUCAUUGGCACAUACUCUCCUCGGUGGUGGGGCGUCUGAGGGAUGGUAUUGAGGACUGCCUGGCUUCAGAGAUCAUCUGAGGGAUGGUAUUGAGGACUGCCUGGCUUCAGAGAUCAUCUGAGGGAUGGUAUUGAGGACUGCCUGGCUUCAGAGAUCAUCUGAGGGAUGGUAUUGAGGACUGCCUAGCUUCAGAGAUCAUCUGAGGGAUGGUAUUGAGGACUGCUUAGCUUCAGAGAUCAUCUGAGGGAUGGUAUUGAAGACUGCCUAGCUUCAGAGAGCAUCUGAGGGAUGGUAUUGAAGACUGCCUGGCUUCAGAGAGCAUCUGAGGGUUGCUAUUGAAGACUGCCUGGCUUCAGAGAUCAUCUGAGGGAUGGUAUUGAGGACUGCUUAGCUUCAGAGAUCAUCUGAGGGAUGGUAUUGAGGACUGCUUAGCUUCAGAGAUCAUCUGAGGGAUGGUAUUGAAGACUGCCUAGCUUCAGAGAGCAUCUGAGGGAUGGUAUUGAAGACUGCCUGGCUUCAGAGAGCAUCUGAGGGUUGCUAUUGAAGACUGCCUGGCUUCAGAGAGCAUCUGAGGGUUGCUAUUGAAACUGUCCCUGACAGAUGUGUAUGAUUGGUUCCCCCGAGCUAUUUAGGAGAUUCUGGUGAAUUCCACGGUGAGACGUCUCACUCGUAAUAUCAGAGAACCGUGGUUACGCAGGUAACCUUACGUUAGGGAACUCUAUCUUGUGUGUACUGCGUAUAAAUUAUGCACCAAAGCUUCUCCAUUCUGUGUUUGUAUUACAAUUAGUGUUUCUAUAAUUUAUUGAUGAUGAUGUUCAUUGUCUAUUUAUUUUUUUACUUUAUUUAUGUUGCGGUCUAUAGAUUUUAAAUAUUGAAUUGGAUGCAGAGUAUAUCAUGAUUGGAAUUGAAUGUCAAUUAUUUUGAAUGCAAUUUUGAAUAAAAUAUAUAUGUAACCUCCUGGUUACUUUUAGUCUUGA